AGAGACGACAGUUUUUUGAAGCUGUUGGCUAGUAGGGUUCUUACUGACAAUCCACGGUCUUCUGGCGUUUGGUUCAUCGUCGAAGAAUAGCAUGAGUAUCCACUCUACGCAGCGGGAUUCCUCUGUUUCACUGUUUGAUGGUGGCCACAUUCAGAUACCCAGAACAUGGUUCCUAAUCUGUAUUGAUACAGCCUAAAUCCCCGAAAGGCGGAUUCCAUAUCGCCCACUUUGUCUAAGAUCGACACGUUCCCCGGAUUGGAGCAGCACAUCCCGCUCUGAUUCCCCUCAGGGGCGUACUCAAUGCGGUGAUUGACGCGCCAAGCGGGCUAGUUAGAGGAUCUUGACAUUUAUUUGACCCAAAUCGACCAUCCCGCUUGACGGAUGUCUCACCUUGUCAUGGUCUCACCCGCUCCAGACUGGCCAGCGCGUCCUCUUUAUAACACAAAACACCUUGUACUCUGAUGUUUUCCUCUUGCUCGUCACGUCCAUACUCUCUCUUCCGAUGGAUCUAUCCACGGGCUCGCUUUUUCGGUCCUCUCGCACCUUCAUUUCUAGGACCAGCAUAUGGCGUCUAAUCCUUCUUUCACUCGGUAUCUUGGCUGUCUUCCAAAUUUCAAGUUCUUCGUACUUUUUUGGACCACCGAAAAUCUCAGGAGAGCUUCCGCUGCUAUCAGCUGAUGGUGGGUACACUUACUCGGGUCGCGUCACGCAGAAGGUCGCGACAGGACGCGUCGUGGUGACAGGUGGUGGUGGGAAUGUUGGGAAACAUAUAGUGCACAGUCUGCUGGCCACAUCCACUCCGGUCACCGUCAUCGACACCAUAUUCUUCGAAGACGAACUCGAAUAUCUACCUCCCUCCUCUCGCUCCCUCCUCGACGUACACAUAUGCGAUGUCCGUAAUGCCACAGCUCUUUCAGCCGUCUUCACGCCAGACGUCGUCGGCGUCGUUCAUCUCGCAGCCGUCUCUCGUGUUCUGUGGUGUUUGGAAAACGAAGCAGAUUGUUGGGAUGUCAAUGAGCGCGGUACGCAGAUGGUCGUUGACGGGCUGGCAGAGCUGAACAAGCGCGAUGGAGGAAAACGGUGGUUUAUCCUGGCGAGCUCGAGAGAGGUAUAUGGCGAUGCGAAGGACAACAAGCCAAUCAAGGAGGAUGCGGAGAAGGCGCCGGCGAAUAUCUAUGGGGCUUCGAAACUUGCAGCAGAGGUCGUGAUCGAAAAACACUUGCGCUCGGCCAAGCAAUACAGAAGUUCAGGGAGCAUUCAUUUUAUUGCUCUCAGACUGUCUAACGUCUAUGGUGGCGUAUACGACCAUCUCGAGCGGCUAGUUCCUUCCAUCGUCACACAAGCACUUUCACAUCAAGUCAUCCAGAUUUCAGGGGGUCAGCAGCAUUUUGACCUUCUGCACAUCGAAGACUGCAUCGACGCUUUCCUCCUCGCCAUCCACCACGCCACUACCAACUUCCGUGCUUCUGCCUUCGAACAGUUCAACGUUGCAUCUGGAGAUUCAGUCCCCGUUGACAAGCUGGUGAACACACUCGUCAGCCUCAUCCGUUCCAAGUCUCCCAUCCGGUAUAUACCAGGCGACGCACGUUUCCCAAACGUCUACCGAGGAAACACGGAAAAAGCUCAAAGCGUUUUGGGUUACACUCCCGCCGUGACGAUAGAGGAAGGUCUGUUGCGAUACGUGAAGGCAUAUCUUCGCCGAACGCGAUAUUUCCUGGAUGGGAGAAUUAAAGAGACUUGCGGAGAGGCAUCGCCAUCACUAGUGGCCAAUGCGCAGAUCGAGAAGUUGGAUGGAUGCUAUGUCCAUAUCGAGGUAGAUGUGCUCGGACAGUUCGCUCCUUUGAAACCCCCAGAAGGAGACGAGCCCUGGUCGAUCACGAACGAAGUGGCGCCUCACUUUCUCCACACCGCCAUAACUCAUCAAUCCGGAAGCCACAUUCCUCGCAUUCGUCUCCACACCAGUGAUAGUGACCAUACUUUCCUUGGUAUCUUCGAAGACGUCUUUCAACCUGGACCGGUCACUUUGUCAAAGCUUACAACCGCGGACAUUGACUCGGGUGCAGCAGUCAUCGUGGAAUGGGAAUUAGAGGUCAAUGCGGAACAAAGUGCUGUUCGACUCGUCGUCCCUGGGACAGAUUACUUUCUCAUGAGUCCGACGACAGUGGGCGGCCGAUUCUCCCUCGUCUCUAAGGCCGCAAGAAACGUCUGGCCCUUCAGGAUUACGCCUACAUGUUGUCCCUCACCAGUUCCUUGGCCGUUCGCCCGCGACGAUCCGAUCGAACAUAGUGUCCAGUUCGUACGGACGUCCCUAGAACGCCCGUUCCUUGCCUCCCCCGCAAAGACGCUCUGCAGCCGCUUGCGACGAGCCAGCCUCAAAGCUAGCAGCUCUCUAGCCACCAUUUCCGACGUCACUCUCCAAGAACCUCGCAGACGUCUGAGCUCGCUCCCAACCGACUGGGCCAAUGCCAAUCUCCCAGCGUGCUCCAACAUAUGCGAGCACCCCACGGUAUGCAUCGACACAGGCGACUGUCAAUGUGUCCUCUCCUCCUGUGCUCCUCGCCAACGUUUUCCUUUCGCCUCCUCGGCACAUUCACCGUUCUUGUCCUUCCCUCCACCACCCUCCACAGAACUUUCGCUAGUAGAAAUGGUCAGCCAGUCCUCAUGGCGAAACGUCCUCCGACCACAGGCCUCGCGGUUCGUCGGUGCACAAGUCCCCUUUCCCCGAAUACAUGUCGCACCUCUUUCACCUGCUGAUCAGAACAUGCUAAGCGAGGACGGUCUGCCUAUCGAUUUCCGAGGAAAGCUGCGGGAUCAUCAUUGUUUCACGGCGGAUACUCAGAUGGAGAAGGGGGUCUCUGCGAUGGGCGUGCGCAGGGACGAAGCGGAGAUGACGUUCAUACCGAGUUAUCAGCAGUGGGAUGGGGAUCAUCGGAUGCUUGAGAGGACCUGGGAGUACAAUCGUGAUGCUUUCGAUGGGUUCGAUGCUUCGAAGGUUAUCAUUCCUUUCACGCACGAUUUCGGACAAUGUUUGGCAUUUGAGUGGGAUGUUUGGCACAUGCGAGAAAGACAGGGUCUAAGAGUACAUCCUUUUGUCAGGUCGACGACUGCAUGGAGUGUUAUGGGUGACCUCCACAGUGCCUGUUACAGGCCACACCAAGACGUCAUCAUCCCACCUCGCACAUGUCUCUCCCCAUCACUUUUCAAGUCCUUCCCUACAGUUGCCGAUGUCCGCCCAGCUCGCGACCGCCGCGUAUUAGUUGCCUUCAACGGCGUCCUAUGGGGCACAGGAGCGCUCAACCGAAACAGACUCGUAUGUCCCCGAAGUCAUUGGGAUUCGGAUGACAAUGCAUCGAGGAGAUUGCACGCUUCAGGGCCAAAUUUAAAGAGUCUGGUUGGGACGAACGGUGAUUAUGAGUAUAUGAGCCUCCUCAACGAUACUGUGUUUUGUCCUCAGCCUGCUGGGACCACAGGUUGGGCCACCCGAUUAGUCGACUCGAUGUACGCAGGUUGCAUCCCUGUCCUAAUUGGUCAAGCUUCACAUUUCCCAUUCUACGACAUGCUCGACUGGGGUAAAAUUUCAAUCCGAGUCGAGCCCUCCGACCUCGCCCAACUUGAAGACAUCCUAUUCUCUCGAUACUCGCUCGAUGACAUCGAACGUCUUCAGGCGAAUAUCAUGCUUGUGCGUGAUGCGUUGGUAUAUCCGCUGGACGACGUGGACGAUACGGUUGUGAGGGAGGAAAUGAUUGAGAGGAGGGGGCCGUUGUUCUUUGCGUUACAUUCGACGAGGAUGAGGAUGCUUACGGAGUGGCCCGUUGAUGAUGUUUUUGAUCGGCCUUGAGGUGGGCGAGAUCGUGUAUGAUUAUCUGUAUGUUUGCUACCGUUGGUUAUCUUCUUGAUACUUGCUACAGUUAUAGCACCUACGUGUUUCCUUGGAUUUUAGAGGGCUCAGAUCUUGGACUAGAUUUAUAGUACCUAUUUUUCGCACAUUGUACUUACCUAGUAGUCGUCAACAUUGUACUACAAUCGCAAUGACUCUGAAGUCCGUAGGGAUUCUCUC